AACAUCAAGUCUAAUUACAUCAUUGCAUAAUCAGGGGAGAAGCGGUCCUUAGUUAUUAUGGUUCCUCGCGACUGGUUCGAUGCCUGAGUCGAGCCUCCAAGAGCAUAACAACACACACAACAGUUUGUUAUGCAUUCACUAUACGUAUAUUUUACGUAAUUUUUGUUCAAGUUUACACUUAGACCCAGUCAGUGAAAGAAGUAGUAUAGUUAAGUGUCUUACGAUGAAAGUCAGUGAAUGCAGUACCACUUGUGUCUGCCCUGCAGACGAAUCGACUACUUGAUAUUAUCGGGCAAUGCAAUAGACGAUAAAUUAAAAAUAAAUAUAAAAGUUUUUUAAUAAAUUUAAAUUUUUUAAAAAUUAUGGAGUCUCUUAUACGUGGGAUUCAACGAAUGGGAUUGGUUUUAAAAAAUGGCUCUAGAAUUAAGAAUUUAACCGCAGUAAGAUAUGCAUCGGCUGUUUCAAAAUGUAAAGUGAUUGAAGGUAAUAAUGGUGAGCGUAUUUUUACAUCACCCGAUGAAGACAUUGAAAUACCUUCAUUAACUAUUCCUGAAUUUAUAUGGCAGAAAUUGGAAAAAUGGCCGACAAAAAUUGCUGCCGAAUGUGGAAUUACAGGAAGAAAAUAUACGUACGCGGAAGCGAGAGAUAAUGCUAAUUAUAUUGCAAGAAGUUUAAGAAAUAUGGGCUUAAGAGAAGGUGACGUAGUGGCAUUGAUAUUACCAAAUUUGCCGGAAAGUCCAAUUUCAUUGCUCGGUAUUUUAGAAGCUGGGCUUGUUUGUACAACAGUCAAUCCUUUAUACACAGUUGAUGAAAUUUCUCGACAACUACGAUCAUCUGGAGCAAAAGCAAUUAUUACAUCGACCGAAAUAGCAACAAAUGUGAUGAUUGCUGCAAAAGCGAAUCUUCCUCCAAAUUCACCUUUCAUAAUUGUUGAGGAUACAGAUCGAGCUUUACCAGCAGGAUCAAUUCCUUUCAAAGAUCUUUUGACAAAAGGAAAAACAUUACCUCAAGUGCCAGAAAAAUGUCGGAAUCCGCACGAUCUUGCAAUACUGCCGUAUUCAAGUGGUACUACUGGGCUUCCAAAAGGAGUAAUGUUAAGUCAUUACAAUUUAAUAGCGGAUAUGAUAAUGACAGAUUCUAGUUGUGACUUUAUACAAGUACCAGAUGAAUUUCAAGAUGUUAUUCCUGCUGUUUUACCUUUAUUUCAUAUAUAUGGAAUGAAUGGUCUAAUGUUGCCAAGAAUGGCCGCAGGAGCUAAAUUAAUUACACUGCCAAGUUUCACUCCUGAAUCAUACAUAAACGUAUUGUCGAAAAACAAGUGUACUCUAAUUUUUAGUGUACCACCUAUUGUUUUAUUUUACGGUGCUCAUCCAGGAGUUAAAGCUGAAUAUUUCAAAAAUGUGAGAUGUAUAUUUAGUGGUGCAGCGCCGUUAGCUGCAUCAGAUGUUCAAAGAGUUUAUGAAAAAUUUCAAAUGACUCCUGAUCAAUUACGAUUCCUUCAAGGGUACGGCUUAACAGAAUGUUCCCCUGUAUCAUUCUUAGAAAUGUCAAAUACGAAGUUUUCAAGUAUCGGACAUCCAAUAAAUUUAAGCAAAGUACGAUUGGUUGACCCGCUAACAGGUAAUGAUGUUGUUACACCAGGACAAACUGGAGAAAUAUGGAUAAAAGGUCCUCAUGUAAUGAAAGGAUAUCAUAAUAAUGAAGAAGCAACACAAGAAACCUUACAAGAUGGAUGGUUAAAAACGGGUGAUAUUGCUUACUAUGAUGAAGAUUGUGCAUUUUUCAUAACUGAUAGACUGAAAGAACUCAUCAAAGUCAAAGGAUUCCAGGUACCUCCAGCAGAAUUGGAAGCUAUUUUAAGAACUCAUCCUGCUAUUGCUGAUGCUGCUGUUGUUGGAGUACCUGAUCCACGAUCUGGAGAAGUACCUAAGGCAUUUGUUGUACUUAAACCAAAUAAAUCGGCGAGUGCAGAAGAUAUACAAAAUUUUAUGAAAGGAAAAGUUUCAGAGUACAAAGAACUCAAAGGUGGUGUUAGUUUUAUUAAUGAAAUGCCCAGAAAUGCUAGUGGUAAAAUAUUGCGGAUUUCUUUAAAAAAUCUUAAUCAAGAAUCAAGUUAAGUCCUUAAAUACUUAAUUCACAUUAAAAAAAUUAAUAAAUGUAAUAUUAUUUUUUUAUGAUAUUCAUAUAAAUGUAAAAAGGCUAACAAAAGAAAAUGGCAAUGCAAAUGAUUUAUUUAAAAAACAUAAUAUUUAGAUGUAUUAUAGAAGUUUUAAUAAUUGUUCGGAAUUGUAUGAUUUUAAAAAAAUGUGACAAUUAGCUAAGAACUGAUUUAUUCGGUACUAUAUUUUUUAUUGAAUAUAAAAAAGAUUAAUAGCGAUAAUAAACUUUGUCUGUAGUUAUAUAAGUUAUUAUUGUAUUAAUAAUAAUACAAAAUGAAAAUUUUAAAUCACGUUAAAGAUAAAAAAUUGUUAAAAAAUAUAUUUUUUAAAUGUUGUAAUUAAGUAAAAUUUUAAUUAUAUAACAAACAAAAUAUACUUUAUUUUAUAUUGAUGUUUUUAAUCUACUUAACAUAAAAAAAAAAAUGUUUUGUAAUUUUAUAAGCAAUAAAAUCAAAAAAUAUUGUUGUAAAUAAAAUUAAUUAUAUGAUAAUUAAAUUAUUUUAAUUUUUUAA